AAGUGUUUUAAUGCAUGACAUAAAUAAAUGUUGAUCGAUCGAUUGAACAACAAUUGCCAGAGUACCUUGAAAAUGAUGUUUAUACCUUUCUGAAACAAUAAUAGCUAGACUGGCAGCUCUAAAGCUGCAUUCAAGCUGGUUUAUUCUGAUGAGAAUAAAACCACAGCUGGGCUAAAUGCAUCAAAAAUGUUCUGAAUCACUGUGACGAUCAUUAAGGGGAAUGCUUACACAUUUACCAACAACUUCCUCGUAUGACACAACAUUGUUUAACACUUGAUGUUUCACAUGAUCACGGUUAAAUAAGCAGAAAGAAUCUGCCCACAGCAGAAGUUCAGAGUCUUUUCUUUUCAGCUGGAUUUCUUCUUUUUCAAGAGGAAUUGUCUCUUUCCCAACAUAUUUUAAACCACCAUGAAGCUGCAUAUCACCUUUUUUGUCCUGCUGCUUCUUUCUGCAGCCAAUGGAGGGAAGAUUUUGGUAUGGCACACAGAUGGAAGCCACUGGAUCAACAUGAAACCGGUACUGGAAACACUGGUGGACAGAGGACACCAGGUGACAGUCCUGGUCCCGAGCACGUCGAUGUUCAUGAACAGCAGCGAACCGUCUCGUUUCCGCUAUGAACCGUUUAACGUCUCCGUCUCAAUGGAGUUCAAAAAGAAGUUUAUUGAGGAGUUCCUCCUCUUUUCCAUCUAUGAGGUCAAUCACAUGAGCUACUUACAGAUUUACAACAAAUUCAUUGGUUUUAUAAGGACCAACAUGGAUUAUUUCCUUAAAUUCUUGCAUCGAGUGGUGAAAUCAGAAACCAUCAUGAAGAAGCUGAAGAAGGGAAACUACGAUGUGUUAUUUGCUGAUCCGAUCUACCCUGGCAGUGACCUGGCAGCGGACAUGUUGGGAAUCCCCCUGGUCUUUUCUUUACGUUUUUCCUUGGCUCAUAACUGGGAGAGGAUGUGUGGGCAGCUACCUGCUCCUCCCUCCUUCGUCCCUGGAAUCAUGAGCAAACUCACAGACAAGAUGGACUUCUCAGAGAGACUGUGGAACGUCCUCUUCUAUGCUCUGCAGGACGUCGUAAUGCGAAACUUAAUGUGGAGAGAACUGGAUAAAUAUUACUCUGAAGUCAAAGGAACACCCACCAGUGCCUGUGAGUUGAUGGGAAAGGCGGAUAUCUGGUUGAUGAGAACCUACUGGGAUUUUGAUUUUCCUCGUCCACUCCUCCCCAACUUUAAGUUUGUUGGAGGGAUCCACUGCAAACCAGCUAAACCUUUACCAGAGGAAAUGGAAAAGUUUGUCCAGAGCUCUGGAGACGCUGGUAUCGUUGUCUUCUCUUUGGGAUCGAUGGUCAAGAACCUGACCACAGAAAAGGCGAACAUGAUCGCAUCGGCGCUCGCUCAGCUUCCACAAAAAGUGCUGUGGAGAUACAGCGGAGAAAAACCCAAAGGAUUGGGCUCCAACACCAGAAUUUAUGACUGGAUCCCACAAAAUGACCUGCUGGGCCAUCCUAAAACCAAAGCUUUCAUCACUCACGGUGGGACAAACGGGAUCUAUGAGGCCAUCUACCACGGCGUUCCCAUGGUGGGAAUCCCCAUGUUCGGGGACCAGCCAGACAACAUGGUGCACAUGGAGGCCAAAGGAGCUGCAGUUACUGCUAAACUGAAAUUUAUGACAAAUGAGAGCCUGAGAGACGCUGUAAACACCGUCAUCAAUGACAAAUCCUACAAAGAAAACGUGAUGCGACUGUCCAGAAUCCACCAUGACAGACCCAUGAGUCCUCGGGACGAGGCCGUCUUCUGGAUCGAGUUCACCAUGAGGAACAAAGGAGCCAAACACUUGAGGGUCCAGGCCCACAAACUCACCUGGUACCAGUACCACAGCCUGGACGUCCUGGCCUUCCUCCUUAUUAUAGAUUUGCUCCUCAUCUUCAUCCUCUUCAAGAGCUGCAGCUUCUGUUUCAAGAGAUGCUGCAGCAGAAAAAAGACAAAGAGAAAAGCAGAGUAA